UUCACCAUUUUGGAGCCGGUAUAUGCUAGCAGCAACACACAGAGUUAACAAAAUUAUAGAAACAUGGGUUAAUGAUUAGAGGUAACUGAGUUAUUUAUUUUGUUAAAGUUUCAGGUACAAUGAGACUAAAAUAGUCAACCCUGGUGCUGUUUCUUUUGAUGUGAGAUAUUAUUUAUUUAUUUUUAAAUAAAAAACAAUGUUAAUUUAGUUCACAAUGUGUUUAGUUAAUUUUCCUUUACAUUUUUUCAAAAGAACCGAUAAGAGUACCGUUAAAGGACCGGAUCGAUAAGCGGUAUCGAUAAAAGUAGUAGUACUGUUAAAACCUUAACGAUACCCAUCCCUAUAUGUGUGUGUAUGUAUUACACUUAAUCACGGUUAAGGUGAUUUACAAUCUGUGUGUAUACUGUUGCUGCAGGAAACUAAGAGUCCAAGAUGGCGAAUGGACCGUCCCUGUCCACUGUCACACGCUCCCUCUCACUGUUGGACGUUCUCCAUGCAAAUCAGUUUGAAGGAAAGUCUUUCGAUCCAGAAAUUCUUGAGGAGACGGAGGAAAACUUUUACAGAGGGGCCCCACCCGAAUGGUUAAACUUUCACAUCAGUGAACAGGCAGAGUUAGAUGGCACCGGAUCUCCUUUCAUCAAACGAGAUGGAUACGCUAAACUUGAAAAGCAAAUUCACAAGUUGAGAAAACACCCUGGAAUAUCAACAGUUAAACUGUUCCACCAGCCAGGAUGUGGGGGGACAACACUGGCCAUGAAGGUGUUGUGGGACUUUAGGAAAACUUUAAGGAGUGCUGUUUUAACAGGCUCAACCUCGGACAUCACAAAGGUUGCAGAGGAGGUGGUCCACCUUUUCACAGCAGGCAGUCAAGGCGACCAGAAGACCGUGCUGCUGUUGGUGAAUGGUGUGCAAGUUUUGGAAGAUCUACAAGUAAGCAUUAUGAGGACGAUUGCUAAUCAGAAGAUAGUCACCCGUAUGCCUGUGGUGGUUUUACUCAGCUGUAUUAGAGAAGAUGCAGAUUUAAAGAGUGAUGACGUCUUCCUUCAAGAAGUGCUUUCUGACUCAGAGAAGAAUCAUUUUAAUGACAAAAAGACGGAGCUCAACAGGAGGUAUGGGGAUAAAUGCAAACGAUUCCAUGGCUUUAACAUAAUGCAAAGCAAUUUUUCUGAGGCUUACAUCCAGGAGGCGUGCUCUGUAUUCAAAACCAUCAAAGAAACAGGAAUACAAGAGAAAACCCUCCUUGCUUCCAUCCUUUCCCUGCUGAACGCAUAUGUACCAGACUCUCAUCUCCUUGAGUCUCAGUGCCUGGAUGUGUUCAAACAUGCCAACUACAGCCAUAGAGACAUAUCACUGGAAGACAUAUCACUGGAAGACAUGCUGGACGACUUUAGCCAUCUCAUUAUCACUAUCCAACAAGAUGGUUCUGAAAAAAGAGUCUGCAUGGCCCACCCUCUGAUAGCACAGUGUUGUACUGAAUUGAUGGCUGAAGCAGGUGUGACCAGAAGUGACACAGCGAAACACCUCUUGACAUGUUUGUGCAGAGAUAAAGUCCCUCGAUCUUUGGCUGCUUUUGUGAAAUACAUGCUAACCAAAAGAAGACUAAAAGAAAAGGGAAGAGAAGAGAACCCAAUACAUCCUACAGAGAUGAAAGAGGAGAUAGAUUCAUUUUCUAGACUGAUUCUACAUAUUCAAACAAAGGAGGACGACUCUCAGUGUGUAUCACUUUUAGAGAUGGCAACAAAUAUGUUUGAUCAAAAUCCGUUUUUUCCACAAGCACUUGCUCGUUUUCAUUGCAUAGUACUAAGAGACUACGAUCAGGCAGAAAUGUGGGCAAAGGAGGCAAAGCAAAGAGAUCUCCAAAACUCAUUUGUUGCUGAUACACUGGGCCAAGUCCAUAAGAACCGUCUGAAGAACCUGAGGCGACCGGCCCAACCAGGAGGCAUUUUGGCUCUGGCCUUAAAGGCCAUUCGAGCUUUCGAAGACGAAGAAAGACUUGCCGAAGAUGAAGUUGGGACAAAGGUGAAAAGAAAUGUCCAUGACUCACGCUUCUUUAACAGCAGAGGGAUGUUUGGUUUCCUGCAGGUCUGCAAUCUUGUGUAUGACCUACUUGUCAGUCAGAACCCAACUUGGAGAGGAGUUCUCACGAAGAAGGUGUCUUUGGGCUCGGCCCUGCCAUCUCUUGGAGAUCACUCACUUUUAAGAUUCAAUGGUCUCAUAAACAGACUCAGAGAUGCAGUUGAGAAAAAAUGUGCUUUUCUUGACGGGUAUCUGACUUACUCCAAGCCUGACAUAAAGGAAGACGAUCCAGAAUACAUUUCAAGACAAACCUCGGCUUGCUACAGGAAGUAUGUUGGAGACUCCACAUCCAGCCAUUUGAAAGAAAAAGGUGCUGAUCUGAUCCAGAAGCUUAAACUCAAACAGGCUGGCACCACUACGGGAGUCCUCUCAUGUCUUGACAGAGAAUGCACUGAAUCGGACCUUAAGGAAAUAACUACAUUGUGGGAGGAAAUCUGUCUUCAUAAAGAUCCGGACACAGCUAUGGUCAACAACAUCUUCGCUCACAUCAUGUUAAGAAAUAUGGGAGCACCAGAGUCUGAUUGCAAACAUUUAACUGCCUUCAAACAGGAAAUGUACCUCACGGAUAAAUCUGAGGCCCAUAUGUUAGCCCUCCUCUUGCACUGGCCUACAGGCAAUGAAGACGCAUGCAUCCUUGACCUCAGUGCAAUGAUUAAGCGUACGCAAGACCUGUAUAAACAAGCAUAUGCGAAACACUUUCGCUCAAGGUACCUUCGCCCUCUGUUUUUCCUCGGAAAAGGUCAAGAACUGAACAGGAUAGUUCACAGAACUGUCCUAGAGGGGUCGGCUCGUCAGGGCGAUUGGGAGACAAUGCAAGAUUGGAGCGAUGAAAAGAUUUUCCAAGAUCCAUGGGUCAAAGAACGCCUUCUUAAAGUUCGAGGGGAGAUACGAGAGUACAGACUCUUUGCAACUGUUGAUGGGAAAGAGAUCGAGGUGGUUGCAAACCUCCGAAACAGCCUCUGGAGAAAACGCAAGGUUUCCUUCUACCUUGGAUUCACCAUCAAAGGUCCUGUAGCCUUUGCCAUCCAGACUGAAACUGCAGACACGAAGGAACUACUCUCAGAGAUGGAUUCCUCCAAACCUUGUGGGUUGUUGAAGUUUGGAGCUUGUGGCGAUGAAAUGGAUGCCAGGAAUUUGACUAAACUUAAACCUGAAGUCAACAGAGUGGAUGAGGUUCAAACCUUUAGCCUCCAGUCUGAUGCAGGCAACUAUGAAUGCAGUGUGUCUGGCCUGCGCUGGGUGUGUAAGGAAGAAGUCAGUUUCAAAUACAAGUUCCUCUCAUGGGAGGAACACAUGAGGAGUCCUGUUUGUAAGGAUUACAUGCCAGCAGGACCCCUCAUGGACAUCACAGUCACAUCUGGGCAGAUAGAAGAAGUGCAUCUGCCCCACAGGGUCUGUAUCGAUCAAACCUCUACAUUUUCUGGCCAGUUUGCGGUUCUUCACGUUGUUCCCUGCUGUGAUGUUGUGGAAGAAGUAGCUAAAGUGACAUCGUCCCACAUCAAGUUUCUCCAGCCAACGUUCCCUCCAAGGGGGGUCAUGAUCCGAAAGAUGGCGGGAAUCCCAUUUUACUACGAUGUGUUGAUAUACAAGACGAACAAAGAGUUCCUCACAUUGGAUGUUUAUGUGGUGCCGCGCGAUUCUGCUCUACAACAGGAAGUGGAAGAAAAGCCAAAGUCUUCUGGAUCAAUACUAAUCCUAAACCCAGGUCCAGACAAGUCCAUGCAAAUGGGAGAACAUGUGUCCCUCACAACAGACCAGGCAGAUGCAAUCAUUCAACCCAGCGCCCGAGAGCUCAGAUAUGAAAGCAUUUUCUUUGAGGUGUUGAUCAGAAACACCAACAGCGACUUCACCCUCUGGCUUCAAAGUGGGAAAGACACUCUCUGGACCUGUACCAUUCAUAAAGGAGACUACCAAAAUCAAAGCGCUGAGCAUUAACAAGCAUGUUCGUGGAUCGCCAUCAGGCAGCUCUGAAACACAAUGAGCGAUAAAAAACCCUUCCUGGAUAAACUCAAGGAAAAUAAGGCGAUCUCUGAGACCUACGAUGUGAGGGGGAUGAAGAGGGGGGGGGGCUCUUGUUUCUGAGCUUCAGGGAUCAGAAAGAAGUAUGGGAAAGUAAAAGAAGGUAAUGUUGCUUAUGGACAAUUGAAGCAUCUGCUGUGAAAAUCAGUGCCACGGAACAGUUUCAUAUCAUCAGCACUCAGAGGAAAAAAGUGGCGAUAUGUUGAUCCUUAAACUCUUUUAAAAAUCACCUAUUUUAGUGAUUUAUUUGUGGAUUUCUGAAAAUCAUAACACUUAUUUUAUUUGUUUUAUAUGUUUUUGUUAUAUCUGUCUUUCCAUGUUUAAUUUCUUUCUUUGAAAUAAUACUUUACUCCAGCCAAAUAGGUGUAUUGUAAACCCAAUGUUUAUGCUUUACAAAUUACAAAUUACAAUUUACAAAAUAUUUAUCUAAUAUAUCAUAUUCCAAUCACUUGUAUAUAGACUCUUAUUGAACUAUUUUUUCUGUUUUAUUUGGAGGAGCCUGUGAAUCUGAGAUUUUCAUCGACAUAACUACACUGUAGCUAUGUUCGUAUGACCAAUAAAAGCCUUGAACCUUGAAUGUAUGUCCAGUUCAAAAGACACAGAUUAUAAUGUUGAAAUACUUUUUUUUGUAUCUAUCGCAGUUCUAAAGCUUUUGAGUAGAUUAAUUAAUCAAAGAAAUGAGAGAAAGAGUAUAUGACUUUUGAUGUUGUAUUGCAACAUUUUUGACUUAAUGUAUAUAAUGUUAGAUUUGUAUGACUAUGGUUUUUUUGUUGGUUUGGUUCUUUAAUGCCGAAAAAAUAAAAAAACGACAGAGUAUAGUAUGUAAUACAAAAGUAUUGGUUUGUAAUUAAUUUAUUAAUUAGGUUGUGAACACUUUAUAAAUCAUUAAUAAGCUUUUAUAAGACAUGAGAUAAACAGGGCAACUGUGACCGGUUGCUUGUCAAAUAGUGAGCCCACAUUUAUCUGUACUGCUAAGCCUUAUAUUGGCUACUUAGCUUACUUCGUCUUCUUCAUCAGCAUCCUUGGUAUCUGUUGUUCACCGAGUUGAUUCUCGCUAAGUAGCGAAUAUAAGGCUUAGUCGUCUUGCCAAAUAGUGAGCCUGUGUUGAUGUAUGACUAUAACUAUGUUAAAACUGGUUUACAAAUUGCUCUUAAGGAUUAAUAAAGUGUUUACAACCUAAUUCAUAACCUAAUUAUAAGCCCUUUAUAAGGGUAGUCUUAUUGUAAAGUGGUACCAGAAAAACUGUAACUGAAAUGUUACAAAGAAACUGAAUUUGAGCCAUAAAUGACAACGUUUUGCAUUGUAAAAAA